GUGCGAAAUUUGCAUCUACAGAAGAUUGUUUAGUCAGUAUGCUGCUCAAAUUGGUUAUUUUGAAUUUUUUGUUAUUUUUAACUUCUCUACAAUUUUGCGAAAGUGGAAAUAUGCCUGACGAUGACUCGGAGACCGAUCCACUGUCAAUCACCUGCAUGAAAUGUAUUUGCAAGGUGAUGGGCUGCAUAAAGGACGAAGGGUGCGUGAACAACGUGUGCGGCGUGAUGCACAUCACGCAGGGCUACUGGGAGGCGGCCCACGACAAGGAGAGCGACCCAGCUAAUCUUGAAGCGUUCCAGAAAUGCAGUAACAAUGUAUGGUGCGCGACUCGCACGGUGCAGAGAUUUAUGAAACGACGUUUGCCGGCCUGCGAAGCAAAACGACCCGACCGCCAGCGCUGCGAGAAUGCUCUGGCCCUACACAAGUUCGGUUCGAGCCGCUGCGACCGCAACCUGACCGCCAACACCGAACGCAAGUUCCUCGGCUGCCUGGCCGAUAAGGUGUGGAAGUGGCUGGAGGACGACUUGACUGACUAGGACUUCAAUAUAGCAUUGUUGACCUUGGGUGGUACGAUUAUAUUAUGGAUAAAUCGCUUAAUUUUCUCUCCUUUCUAAGAUCCUGAUAUUAU